AUGAUCUGGUGCCUAGAAAACCAGGCUCUGUGUAAUCAUGCCAUCAAGAUACCAUUGCGGCAUCCUUGGAGUAGCGACUCCGACGUGGACAUCAAUAUUAAAGUGAUUCAACAUGAGCAAGAUGUCUAUCGCCGGUUGAAUCUCCCUGGCUCGGUCGACGGAGUGCAAAACAAUAACAAGCGAGUAUAUCGCCCUGUUCAAAUUGCAUGGCUGCGGCAGAUGGCAUGCGUCUUGGAGCAGAUCCACGAAAGACGCAUUCUCGUCGCUGACGUUGCUACUCGCAAGUUCCUUCUUGACGAGAACAUGUGCCUCAAACUGUGCGAUUUCAGUGGAGCGACUGUUCUCCCGCUUGAAACAAUAUGCAUGGAGAAAGUCGACGAUAAUGGCUUCUCAAUACAAACAGACAUCGGCCAGCUUGGCGCCGUCAUGUACGAGGUUAUCACGCGGCAGAAAUCCGAGAUUGACCUUUUUAGAGACAAUGCACCGGAUGAUGGUCGGGCUGCUUGGCCGCAACGGGCUGAGCUGCCUAAUACUGAUGGACUCUGGCUCGGGUGGGUUAUGGAGAGGUGUUGGACUGAAGGGGGGUUUCGAAAUGCGGGCCGUCUGGCUCUGGCUUUGGAGUUUGUGGGGUUGGAUGUGCCUCAUUACUUGAAUGGCGUGUAG